UCGCGUUACUGAUGUGAUUGUGCUCUAAAUGCAGAAGGAUGUCUAUAGUCUUUAGAGCAAACAUCUAGUGUUAGUUUGAUAUUGGAGAAGAUGGCAACUCGUAAACACGGAGGGGUACCUCUGAGCACGCUCAAUCCUAAAUUUCUUCAUACAAACUCAACCAGCCAUACCUGGCCCUUUAGUGCUAUUGCUGAGCUGAUUGAUAAUGCUUAUGACCCAGAUGUUCGUGCCAAGCAGUUCUGGAUAGAUUGGACACGCAUCAAAAACCAGGACUGUCUGUCAUUUAUGGAUAAUGGAGCAGGAAUGACAAGAGCCAAACUCCAUAAGAUGCUCAGCUUUGGUUACAGUGACAAGAAGGCCGUGAAAGACCAUGUUCCAGUCGGCGUCUACGGCAAUGGCUUUAAAUCGGGUUCCAUGCGCCUGGGGAAAGAUGCAAUCGUCUUCACUAAGACCAGAGACUCAAUGAGUGUAGGGCUGCUGUCACAGUCUUACCUGCAGGCCAUAAAAGCUCAACAGAUCAUGGUGCCCAUUCUGACAUUCAGGCGAGAUGAACAAAACCUACCAGAGGACGCAGCCAGUCUAGAUGCGAUCCUGAGGCACUCACUGUUCAAUACAGAGAAGGAGCUGUUCAAUGAGCUGCGUGCCAUUAGCACUGCAGGAACCAGCGGCACACGCGUCAUUAUCUGGAAUCUGCGCACGACUACAAAUGGGGAGACAGAAUUCAACUUCCAUGCAGAUAAGUAUGAUAUUCAGAUUCGAGCAAAUGCCAGUGAGAAAACACGUGAAUGUCGAGCCAUGACACCUGAGAGCAACUAUUCACUAAGAGCGUACUGUAGCAUUUUGUAUCUGAAGCCACGUAUGCAAAUCAACAUUCGAGGACAAAGAGUGAGAACCCAGCUCAUCUCCAAGAGUCUUGCUUACAUUGCCAAUGACAACUACAGACCUUCAUUCCUGACCAGACGUAUUCGGAUCACAUUUGGGUUCAACACCAAAAGCAAGGAGCAUUACGGCGUCAUGAUGUACCACAAAAACAGACUCAUCAAGGCUUAUGAGAAAGUGACCUGUCAACGCAAGGUGGAGAGAACAGGUGUUGGGGUCAUCGGUGUGAUUGAAUGUAAUUUCCUUCAGCCGACUCACAACAAACAGGACUUUGAUGAUACAGAUAAAUACAGGAAAACCAUGCAUAACCUCAGCAUCAAGCUGGAAGAGUACUGGAACGAAAUCCACUACAAGCAGCAGAAAGAAGACCCAAAUUGCACAGUUCCAAUCGAGGAUACAAUGAAAGUUCCAGAUCAAGUCUGGGUGCAGUGCGACAGCUGUCUCAAGUGGAGAAGGCUUCCAGAUGGCUUUGACUGCAGCCAGCUGCCUGAGAAAUGGUUCUGUAACUUGAACCAUGACCCACAAUUCAGGAGCUGUCUGGUGGAGGAGGAACUGGAGGACCAAGAAGAGAAACCGAAGUCAUACUCAAAACCCUUCAAACGCCAAAAGAGGACCAGUAGGAGUCUUCAGGAAGAUCACAGGCCAGAGGCAUUAGAAAGUCCAACCCUGGAAGCUCCUGUUAAUGCCAGACAGUUGAAGAAGUCUGCGUCCUGGAAGCCAACCUGUGCUGACCUGUUCACUCAUAGUCCAACAGGUCUCAGUACUCUGUCAUCCACUUCUAAUGCUCAGAGAUCACUCCUGCCUCUGAUUAAUCCCACUGCUGUCUCCGACUCAUUGAAAAGGAUUAAAAGGCAACUCUCUACUGGUGAAGAAACACCUCCGGCAGUGCAUCCUAUGCCUUAUGCCUCUUUUUCUCCUAAUGCCUCCCCAGAAAUUAGUCACACAUUCAUUCACACAGAUUCCAGUCUCGCGCCAAACAAAAAAGAAGACAAAUUGGAGGGGGUGGGAAAUGAGACAAACGUAAAUGCAAACAAACUAAUACAUAACAAGGAGAACAGUAAGAUAGAGAUAUUCAAGUUGUACCAGGUACCUGUUCAGGAGAAGGAUGAAUUUAAUACCGAAGAGGAAUCAACCUCGACAGAAAAACAGUACUUUAUAGCCGAGUCCAACUCUGUAGAGCAAGUGGGAGAGGAACUGCAUGAGGAUAAUGAAGAGGUGUGGAAUCUGCAGCAGCAGCAGGACGAGUUACUGGAGAUGAUGAAGCAGACGGCAGAGGAGAGGGACGCAUGCAGGGAGGAGCUGGAGCUGCUGCGGGAUCACUGUGCUGCUCUGGAGGAUGAGAGGAGUCAGCUCCACUGCAAGCUGGAAGCGAUGGAGAAAGAGAAAGCCAGCUUGUCCUCCCUGUGUGACCAGCUCAAGUGCAAAGUGGAAGGGCUGAAAAUAGAGGAGGAAGGAAGAGCAAGAGAAGAUGACCGAGUUGCAGGAGAGAGGCAGAAGCUGAGAAAGCUGCGUCUAAACCUGAGUCACUUGCUGGUCUCCAUCAUUCCUGAUCUCGACCUGCAACAAGUGGAUCUCAGCAGUGACUACAUUGACAUGCUUCUCGAUCAAGUCUUAAAGGAAGUCACUUAAGGUCAAGUCAGGACUAGGUUAGAUGUCAGGAUUGCUAUUUUUUAUGGUCUAUUAACUCUGAUAUGCAUGAUGGCGUAUGGUUUCACUGUUGGCUUAGCCAAGGUGACAUCAUCGCUAUAUAAAAAUUAUUAAAGAUUGAGGCCCAGCCUAGGCUUAGCAGAGUAACAGGAUAGGUUUCUAAGUCCAUUUUUAUUGCCUGUUGCUGCUACAUGCAUCAAAGCCACUUGGUAAAUCAUUAGCAAGGAACAA